AACUCUUUCUUUAAACAUCUUUUUGUCCUUGAGUACUUUUUUUUUCUUAGCAUAGUAACCAAAUGUUAGAGGGAAAAAAUGAGAUAAAUAAAGUAAUAAAUAAACUCCAACUACUAUAUAUAUAUCCAUUGUUUUAAAUUGUGUAUCGCACAUCUGCUAAUAUAUGGUCACAGUAAUGUGAAUAAUAGUUAAGAUAUUAAUAAAUAUUCCGUUACAUAUUAAAUUAUCUAUCGAUUUAAAACUCUAACUCGAUCCUAUAUUCACUUCGUCCUAUUACGUCGGUGCAAAACAUAAUGUUCUUUCACCAAAAAACUAUCCUAUAUAGUUCUUAGGUGUAUAAUAUCAAGCAUUGACCCUUGUUCUAUCCUUCAAUGCUCAAAGCCAAAUGUUUUAGUUGAUGAGGAUUAUUGAAGAAAUGUUUAUCUCUAUAUAUAUGUAUAGCUUCACAAUUCUCCAUAUCCAUCAAAAGUAUAAUAAACACAAAUAAUUCAUAGACAAAAUGAAGAAUAACUUUGGUUCAAAGGCAUCAUUCUUACUACUAUGUUUUCUUCUCAUAACAAACUACUUGUAUUCUUCUAGGGCACAACAAUGUCGCCCUAGUGGCAGAAUUGAAGGGAAAAAGCCCCCUCCAGGGCAAUGCAACCAAGAAAACGAUUCGGAUUGUUGUAAACAAGGAAAGAUGUACACAACAUAUGAAUGUUCGCCACAGGUGACUACUCACACGAAGGCAUAUCUCACCCUUAAUAGUUUCGAGAAGGACGGAGACGGUGGUGGCCCUUCAGAGUGCGACAACCAGUAUCAUUCAGAUGACACGCCGGUUGUCGCACUCUCGACCGGAUGGUUCAACCACAAGAGUAGGUGUCACAAGAAGAUCACCAUUCAUGGGAAUGGAAGAAGUGUUGAGGCAAUGGUGGUCGAUGAGUGUGACUCAACCAUGGGUUGUGAUGCUGACCAUGAUUACCAACCACCUUGCCCUAACAACAUUGUUGAUGCAUCAAAGGCUGUGUGGGAAGCCUUAGGUGUCCCUAAGGAUAAUUGGGGUGGACUUGAAAUUACAUGGUCUGAAUAAUCCAAUGCUUAAUUUUAUAUAUUAAUAUAUAUAAUCAUAUAGUACUAUGUUAUAUGUGGAUAUAUAUGUCCAUUAGUCUACCUUUUUUCUGUGUGUGACGUAUUAUAUGUGUGUAUGUAAAUAUGUUCAUUCUUGUAAUCUUGUAAUU